AUGAAUUUUGCCUGCGUUACCUGCCUCCAAACAUGGCCUUCAUGGAGGUCUCGCGAUCAGCAUGUGGCUGCCAAGUCCCACCUGGCUCCUGAAUUCGAAUGCGACACUUGCGACCGUUAUUGCAACAACCAACGAGCCAUCGAACAGCACAUGACUGCGCUGAACCAUUGGGCGGAUUCAUCUUCUGACGAACCCGAGUACUACUGCGACUACGACUCUUGCUCUGAGGUUUUAGAUGACGAAGAUGCACUUAGGGAGCAUGAAGUGAAUGAACACUUUUACUGCGAUCCAUGCGACCGAACAUUCCAAGACUCGAAUAGCAUCAAGAUGCAUCGCAACAGCAGAGCGCACCGCGGCAAUAACGCAUCCUGCCUUUUUUGCCACAAAUCAUACGUGACUGCGGCCGGCAUUUUUCAUCACCUAGAGGAGGGAGCAUGCGAAAAAGCACCAUUAACUCGGCUUGGAGUUUUUCAAGCGGCCAAACAGCGUGAUCCAAAUGGCGUGCUCACGAAACGACUGCAAGAGUGGGCUGUGGAGGUCACUUUGGAGGCCACUACGGAAUCUUGGGAUCCCGUCACCAAGACUUUCAAUUGCUCCCUGUGCAGCGGUCGCUUUGCAAGCCUCGAGUCGUUGAACCAACACCUCAAAUCGCCCAAACACCAGCAGAGCCUCUACCACUGUCCGAAACACGGCUGCUCCAGGGAGUUUAGCACAUUAGCAGCCGUCACGGAGCAUUUGCAGAGUGAAAGCUGCAAUUUCAUGGCCUUCGAGGCUGUCCAGGAGUUUGCGGCACGAAUCUUUGAUCCCGGACGCAUGAUCACCCUUUAG